CGGACGUGUGAGCAAGUACACAGGUGCCCAGAAUCGGUGUCGGCACGCCAUUGUGGAAAAUAGUUACUUUCACAUUACUGACUCCUCGCUGUGAGCUUGUUCACCCAGUUGAGUUAUUCCGAGUGAAAUAACAAAAGAAGAAACUGACCCACAAUGGCUACGGACUCCUGGGCACAGGCGGUGGACGAGCAAGAAGCCGCGGCGGAAUCGAUCGGUAGUCUACAAAUCAAAGACAAACCUGAGGAAAAUGGCACGGCUGCAAAUGCAACAGAGUCCAGCAGUGCAGCUGCAAAGUCAGAAGCUGAGGGAGAAAAGGGCACAGAUGACGAUGACAAAGAGGACAAAGCGGCGCAGUCGUUAUUGAACAAGCUGAUCCGGAAUAAUCUGGUCAAUAACACGAAUCAAGUAGAAGUCCUUCAGAAAGAUCCCAACUCUCCGCUCUACUCUGUCAAGUCUUUUGAGGAGUUGCGGCUCAAACCACAGCUGCUUCAGGGCGUGUACGGCAUGGGUUUCAACCGGCCAUCCAAAAUCCAGGAGACUGCCUUACCUAUGAUGCUGGCCGAACCUCCACAGAAUUUGAUUGCCCAGUCGCAGUCAGGAACAGGGAAAACAGCUGCCUUUGUCCUGGCCAUGCUCAGUCAUGUAGAUCCCAACAACAGAUAUCCCCAGUGCCUGUGUGUGUCACCCACGUAUGAACUGGCACUUCAGACUGGCAAGGUAAUCGAGCAGAUGGGCAAACACUAUCCUGAGGUCAAAUUAGUCUACGCCAUCAGAGGAAAUAAAUUGCAGCGGGGCAUGAAGCUGCAGGAACAGAUAGUUAUUGGCACACCUGGUACCAUGCUGGACUGGUGUGGAAAGUUCAAGUUCAUAGACCCCAAGAAGAUAAAGGUGUUUGUGCUGGACGAGGCCGACGUCAUGAUCGCCACACAGGGUCAUCAGGACCAGAGCAUCCGCAUCCAGAGGAUGUUGCCUAAAAACUGCCAGAUGCUGCUGUUCUCAGCCACGUUUGAAGAGUCAGUGUGGAACUUUGCCCAGCGUAUCGUGCCUGACCCCAACAUCAUCAAGCUGAAGAGAGAGGAGGAGACGCUAGAUACCAUCAAACAGUACUAUGUGUUGUGCAACAGCAGGGAGGAGAAGUUCCAAGCCCUCUGUAACAUCUACGGAGCCAUCACCAUCGCCCAGGCCAUGAUCUUCUGCCAUACAAGAAAGACUGCAGGCUGGCUGGCAGGGGAGCUGUCCAGAGAGGGCCACCAGGUGGCACUGCUCAGCGGAGAGAUGCAGGUGGAGCAGAGGGCUGCCGUCAUUGACCGCUUCAGAGACGGCAAGGAGAAGGUCCUGGUCACCACAAAUGUUUGUGCUCGAGGUAUCGACGUCGAGCAGGUCUCUGUGGUGAUCAACUUUGACUUGCCAGUAGACAAGGACGGUAACCCAGACAACGAGACGUACCUGCACAGAAUCGGACGCACAGGUCGAUUUGGCAAAAGGGGACUGGCUAUCAACAUGGUGGACAGCAAGAUGAGCAUGAACAUCCUCAACAGGAUCCAGGAGCACUUCAGCAAGAAAAUUGAAAAACUAGACACAGAUGAUCUGGAUGAAAUCGAGAAAAUCGCCAGCUAAAGAGGACGGUGUUUAUCGCAUGAAGGAUGCCGGCCCGACUCCCCCUCCCCUCUUGGCUCUCUCCAAGGACUGUACGCUCCUACAGUGUUUUAUGCUUUUAUUUUUUUAGCCGUCGGAGAAAAGAGAAAACAACCACAAACACAACAUAUGUUUACACGUGGAUAUGUCUCCUCUCAGACGAGUGUUUUGUAAGUCUCUGGUACAUACCCCAUUUCACUCUUUGUACUCCUUUGAAUAAAGUCUAUGAGUUUAUCGCUGUGUAUCGUGGUGCUGUAAAAGCAGCCGUAGUCGACUCUGUUACUGAACACACUUGGAGUGAAAAACACUUUUUGGUGUUGCCUGUAGUGGUGGCAUGAUACAAGCUAUUCUGUAAAGAAACUCACAAAAAAUCCUAAUGGAAAAAUAACCAUUUUAUGUGCCACAAAGUUUUUAAUUUUAAAAGGAACAAAGUAUAAUCGAAUGUACCUGUAUCAUGUAGACUAUUACAGCAUUUAUUGUGACGACUAAACCUCAGUACAAAGGGUGAAGUUGGGUAUGCUGCUCUGAGUGGUAGUUUAAAUCAUUAAGAUUGUUAUUGAGAUGGUGAUGGUUGGGUUUCAAGGGUCUAUGCAAACUUAUCAACCUGUGAUAGCUAUUCUCAAAUACUAUCAACCUGUAUUCACGUGACAAAUUAAUCCUGAAUUAACCUCAGCUUUAGCAUCAGGGUGUGUAGUCAAAUGCCAAAAAAGGCUGCCUAGAAUGAUAAUACACUACUAACUUCAAGUCAUGGACAUUUAGAUAUUUCUGUUUCGCCAGUAAUCCAUCAUCAGCCAACCACACAUCUCACUCGCAUGUUAUUUAUAUCAUUUUAAAAACCAUAUGGCUGUUAUCAGGACAGGCUUGGCGCCACUGUCGAGCAUUAAUCAUUAGUCUUCUUUUUCCUUCAUUUGUCUCGUAAAACCUCAUUUCAAUUCAAAUGUGGCCAUUAUGUGAUCAGUUUCCCUUUGUGUCUCACUGUCCCACACAAUCUUUUCAAUCAGGGUCUCCAGUUUGACUUAAGCUCAGCUACAUUCUUCACCUAGACUGUGCUGUU